AUAGAGCCAACGCCCUAAAGUUUAGGGCGUUGCCGUUGGCUUGUCGAUCUAGAACUUUUGAUUUGAAAAUGGAUAGAAAUGUAGAUGAAAAAGGUCAAUAUCAACUGGGAUGUAGGUCUGAACACACAAGUGCAGUAGUAGGAGAGGUCCUGUACUGCUGGGGAGGGGACCAGGACAGAUUGGACAUGUCACAUUGUAAUUUUUCUACAAAGAAACAGUAUGCUUCUACUAUCGAUGCAUUUAACUUCUUAUCUGGUGUUUGGUCCUCUCAACCUACUAGAGGUACUCCUCCCUUGGGAAUCAUGGGAGUCUCCUGUACCACCAUUAAUAAUAAUAUUUAUUAUUUUGGUGGUUGGUGUGGCCAUGACACCUGCUACCAUAACAGUUUGAACUGUUUAGACACUUUAACUCUUCAAUGGAAAGAAUUACAACCAACUGAUAACAAUUCUGUGACUAAAAGAAACUUUGGUGGCAUGAUAGCAAUGGGAGGUGAAGGUGAACCUCAACAAUUACUGGUUGUUGGUGGUAUAGCUCCUAGAUCAACUACUACACAGUAUCAUCCUCAAUUUAAAUAUGAUACAAUUAUGAUACCUGGUGUUGAUGAUCGUCUUAGAACUAAUGAACAGAAUAUCUAUAACCUGUCUAGUAGAAAAUGGAUUGUUCCAUCUGUCAGUGGACAAUGUUUUCCACCAACUAAUAACUUUAUAAUUGAAAGGAUCAAUUAUAAUAAAGGAAUUAUGUAUGGAGGAGUAGUAGCUGAUGGUAUAGCUACUAACAGUAUCUACUUGUUUGAAUUAUCACAUAAUAUAAUAAACUGGGAAUAUCUUAAACCAGAAUCAAUACCUAAUGAUGGACUGUGGCCUGAAGGCCGGCAUUCUCAUGCCAGUACUAUUAUCAAUGGUAUCUCUACCUCACCUACACUAGUAGUGAUUGGUGGACUGGAUAGGGGAUAUGAACUAGUGAAUGAAUGUUGGUUAUUGGACACAAACCAGUACAAUUGGAGGAAGAUUACUCUACCUGAUUCUGUUACUGGUAGAUUUGAUCAUACUGUAUCAUCUUUUGUUCUUGAUCCUAAUCAUGUGUUCCUAAUAAUAGUGGGAGGUGAUGUAAGGAGUGAAGAGGAAAAAGGAGGAGUAAUAAAAUGGUUUGAUGCCACUGUUACUGAUCCUAAUGUUACAAUAGUAGUGGAACUAGUUUUUAAUGAUGAUCAAUGGUCAGUGGGUCCAGUAUUAGAUUCAUUUAAUAUUCCUUUAUUGUAUGAACAAAUACUAAAAGAAAGAACAAAGGAAUUGAUUGAAUACAUGACAGAUAAAGAAAAGGAGCUUCAAGUUAUCAAUGAGUCUUUACGUCAUGAUCUACAAGUGGCUAGAAUUAACAACCAAUCACUUCAGAAAGCACUACUGGAAUCAGAGAAGAAGAUAUCAGAAAUGCAACUGCUAGAAACUAAGACCCUAGGAGAAUAUGAGAAACUUAAAGCUAUAGUUGCUGAUAAGGAAGUAUAUAUAACUGAACUAUUGGAAGAGAAGACACAAGUAGAGGAACAACUUAAAGAAAAGCAGAUAAUUAUUGAUGAGGUUGAAAAUCUCAAGAUUGACAUUUCAAAAAAAGAUGCAUAUAUAUCUAAACUAUUGAAAGAGAAAUCACAACAACAGGAGAAGAUCUCAUUCCAAGUGGAUAAUCUGGAAUGCCUGAGUGAUGUCCAGGUACCUCUACUGAAGCCACUACAACUAGAGAUACAGCACUGCAUUGAUUUAACAGGACGACCAGAUCUUGGAGGAUACUUAAAGUUUGCAAUAGCUCCCCUGAGCACAGCCAGUCUUCCUUACCAGUUCACAUUAGUAGAGGGAGGUGAGUUCAGGACUGAUAGUUGGUAUGGAUCCAUUAAACGUGAGAAAUUCUGUCUUGUAUCUGUCUGUGUCUGUGAUGGUGGGGGAGGAGGAGGAGGUGGUUCCAGUUCUUCAUCAGAAGUUUCAUCAGCUGAUCCUUUAUCAGAACCUGGGGCCAGUAUAAGGACAAAGAACUUAUCAUCUUCUGGGGGUAAUGACACAUUACUUCAGCAGCAUCAAUUGGAGGAAUUAGCUAGUACUGAAAAUAGAUCUAAAGAAUUCUUAAAAGCUGAAACAUAUGCUGGACUGGUUCAUUAUGAGGAGAAAGGUGUAGAGGAUGUAGUGACUUUUACUGCUGCUAAAAAUUUGAAUGCACUCCUUGAGUUUAUCAAGAAAGAACAUUCACAUGCUGAAAGAGGACCUCAUAAAUACUUUUGUAUUGUGUCUCCUGAUGGUUACAUUGAAUUAAAGUUUGAUGCUCCACAAGAGAAACCAUUUACUGGAUGGACUAUUGAGCCUCACAUGAAACCUGUCAAGUUUCAUCAAAACGAAAUUGACAAUUUUGGUGACAAAAAUUAUUCUCUCCCUCCAUCUUGUCCGAUAUCAAUCUAUUCAUCACCUGAUGCUGUUCCUACACUACACUACUCUGUCCCAUUAGAGGGUGUGGCUGAUCCUGUUACACUAUAUAUUCACAGAUCACGAAGAACAGCUCAUUCUAUUGCAUCAGCUGCUCCUAGUGGUAGUAGCAGUCAUGAAACUAUGCCAGUACCAACUAAAAGAAGAAAAAGAGGUUUUGAUAUUAAAACAGCUAAACAAAAGAUCAAACAAGUUAUGAAUGAGAAUCACUCUGAUUUUGCUUACAUUUUGGAGAGUUCACUUAAAGAAAUUGCUAACAAACUAUUUGAAGCUAAUAUUAUUGCUCAGCAGGUUCAGAGGUCACCUACUUAUGAUGCCAUAGCCUCAAGUUUUCUAUCUAUGAUGAAUUUGUUGGACUCUAAGUCUGACCUAGAGAAACAUUGUGUGAAGUAUCUUGAGGCUCUGUCUAGUGUUGGGGGACCAAUAGAAUUUGCUGCUAAUCUCUUGAGGGAAAAAUGGACAGCAGCUCUGGAGGGUGCACUUCAGUUUGAACAGUCUGUGAAAAGAGUUAGAACUAAUAAUGAAUGA